GCCCUCGAUUACAUCCUCACUCAAUAUUGGUGCCCGCGGCAGCCCAACACCUCAAGAUGUCGGCGCCAACCGCGAAUCCCAAGACUUCGACCCCUUCGUGGUUGCUCAUCGGACCCCGCCGCGAUAUCUUGCCGGCGGUCUUUGACACAUAGAUAAAGGCUGAAAGUCCUCGAUCGUGUCGAUGACUUCAAGAAUAUUAUCAGAUCAAUACCAAUUAUUCGUCUGAAGACAUCAAGGAAGAAGCAAGAUGCUGUAUCUUCAUGCGACACUGGUGACAGUCAACCCUGACCGGGAUGUUAUCCUCGAUGGAGCUAUCCUCGUCAAGGGAGACAAGAUUGCUGAUAUUGGAAAAUCGGAAGCUUUGAUUGCUAAACAUCCAGACGAGGAACAUGUUGAUCUUACUGGGAGGAUUAUCAUACCUGGUCUGAUCACUACACAUAUGCACACAGCUCAAACGCUGCUUCGAGGAGCUGCUGAUGAUCUGGAACUGGUCUCAUGGCUUUGUGAAAGAGUUUGGGUGAUGCAGGGCAAUUUCACAGCUGAGGAUGGCUAUGCAGCUGCGAGGAUCAGUAUUGCCGAAAUGCUGCUGACUGGAACGACUUGCUUCUUGGAGAGUAUGUUUGCAGAUAGAUACGGCUUCGAUGGCUUAUGUCGAGCUGUUGAAGAAAGUGGCAUUCGUGGAUGUCUAGGCAAAAUCGUCAUGGACAUCGGCACUUAUGCCAAGGAUUCCGCUUGGGUAAUGCAUCCAGGUCUUGUCGAAAACAGAGAAAUGUCCUUAUUAGGUGCACUCAGUAUGCAUGAGAAAUGGGACAAGAAAGCAGAUAAUAGGAUUAGGGUUUGGUUUGGAGCUAGAACUCCUGGAGGAGUUUCAGAUGGCCUCUACAAAGAGAUGACUGCGAUCUCGAAAGAGAAAAAUAUCCCUAUCACAAUGCAUUGUGCAGAAGUAAAGGCAGAUAGAGAAUUCUUCGCAGCCCAAGACCAUACCCCGAUGUCCUAUUGCAACUCAGUCGGCCUUCUCGGUCCCAGCACAGUCCUCGUCCACAUGGUUCAUCUCGACGAUUCAGAUAUUGCAAAAUUAGCAGAAACCGGCACUCAUGUUGCACAUUGCCCGACUUCAAACGCCAAACUUGCAUCAGGAAUCUGUCGACUGCCUGAACUACUCAACUCAGGCGUCAACGUUGGACUCGGCACCGACGGAGCACCAUGCAACAACACCAAUGACCUGUUGCAAGAAAUGAAGCUCGCUGCCAUCAUCCACAAAGCGAAGAGCUAUGAUCCAACUAUGAUCAAUGCCGAGCAAGUCAUGGAGAUGGCUACCAUCAAUGGCGCAAAAGCACUUGGACUGCAAGAUUCGAUCGGGAGCUUGGAGGUUGGCAAGAAAGCGGAUUUUGUGUCUAUUGAUAUGCGGAAAGUUCAUCUGCAGCCCUACUUUUCGGCUGUGAGUGCGGUCGUGUAUUGUGCGACGGGCAAGGAUGUUGAGAUGGUUGUCGUGGAUGGCAAGGUUGUUGUUAAGGAAGGAAAGCUACAGACGAUGAAUGAGGAGGAAGUAUGGAAAGAGGCGGAUGUGAGAGCUCAUCAAAUUUUAAAAAGGGCAGGGUUGACGGAGAAAGUCAAGGGAAGAUGGCCAACGAAGUGAGAGGAGGAUGGAUACCUAACCGAGGAUAGAGCAAUGUAUGAGAGUUCACUCCAAUCGAGUAGUUUGCUCGCGGUCGAAAUGUCGACAUGGACGUUUCAGCACAAUUUCUCAUAUUUGCGUCUAUACCAGGAGCUCAAGCCCUAAUUAUUUAUCAAAGUCCCCGAUUCUUAUCUGUCAAGUGACACUUUUCACAGUAUUGAAAACUGAAGCUCCAAACUUCUCCAGAGCCUGGGAAAACACCUGAACACGAUUCACGUGACACCUAACUUGAAAGUCUUCCAUGUUAUUCUUCUGCUUUGUCACUACACAUUUGCAUGCGUUUGUCAAUCAAAAUGAACAAAUCCAUCUAAUUCC